AGUAAUUGAACGAGAUAUAAUAUAACAUUAUUUCAUCACGCCCGUUGUCGAGAAAAAUUCAAGAUAAUAAUAAUAUAAUAAUACCUAAGUAAGAUUAACGGACAAUGUUUUUUUUUUUUUUUAUUUAACCUUAAUUUUUGCACCCGCAGAUUAAUAUUGUACAUAUUUUCGUACGUAGAUGCGGCCUGUAGCAGUGCGUAAAUAAUACGUAGUAGUUGUGUCCAAUUGCGUUUUUUUUUUCUCACUUAUUAUAUUGUUACACUGAAUUGUAUUAAUCAAUUUUUAAUAAUUACUAUUUGUUAUUUUUUUAUUAAUUCUCCAUUUGACAUAACUCCGGAUCCCAUCAUUUUCGGCGUAGAAGGUAAUUAAAUUUGUAAUCUCCCUUCCCCCCUUGCGACCGCCAUUAUCUAUACGUAGACGAGUUAUAGCUGCAUGGCAAUAUUAUAAUAUCAAGUCAUUUCGAUCAAUUCAGUCAUAUUUCGCCGACAAAAAAAAUGUAUGAACGGAUAAAUAAGGAUAUUUAUAAAAUCUAAUUAACACGCACGAUGUUCAGUGUUUCGUGUUUAACUGUGUAUAAAAUAUAAGUAUCCACUGUAGACACUAAUUAUAUCAUUCAUAUUUAUAUAAUAUAUCACAAUAUUAUUUUUACUGAAUUAACAUGAAAUAUAAAAACCGUUUCGACCUUGAAAAAUGAGAGGUGUCAAUAAUUACGAAAAUACUGAAAUUUCAACUAUCACAUUUCCAAAUAAAUUUAAACCUUUCGGAAUUACUUUAACGAUAACAAGUAGUGAUUGGGUAUUACUAGUUGUAUUGUGUUGAUCGCGAGAUAAAUAAUUAUUAUUAUUGAACGCGACAUGGGCGUCAAAAAUAGAAUUAUUUAACAUAUUAACUUACUGAACGUAAAGGGAAAUAAUGCGUUCAAAUAUUCCAAAUGUAUUGUCAAUAUAUUGUAAAUAACGUGUCGUACGAUUUUUUUUUUCUCGUUGUCCUCUGGCCGUGCAAACCAAUUGAAUAAUUUGAAGUAGUGAGUGUAUUAUAAGGUACUCUCUAAGCCACGUUUAAUCGAAUCAAAAUUAUUUUUUUUUCUCGUUGUCCUCUGGCCGUGCAAACCAAUUGAAUAAUUUGAAGUAGUGAGUGUAUUAUAAGGUACUCUCCAAGCCACGUUUAAUCGAAUCAAAAUUAUUUUUUUUUUUUUGAUAUACUUGAAACAACUGCACAGGUGAGCGUUUUAGUUAAACACGUACGAUAAUACAAAAUUAUUGGAGUGUUUCAAUGAAAUUAUCGAGUUAUAUUUGCCAUCUAUUAAUCGACAUUUUCGAACAGCAAAGUAGGUACUCAUCAAUCUUGUUUUCAACUGUACAAAGCUCGAAUUUUACAAUUGCUAUUCAUUAAACAUGAGGAAGUACAAAAGUUUUCGGACGAUAUUUUUCGGGUUUUUAAUAUUAAUAACAGGUAAGUGAGUAUAACUUAUAUGAUAUAUAUUAUAUUAUUGCUUUAAUCAUGUGUAUUCAGUGUAAAUAACGUCAACAUUUUGUUUCGUUCGGUCUAAACUUCUAAAUAUAAUAUAAAUACAUUUUAUCUUUUAUUUUUUUUUUUUUGAAUUUUCUCACAAAUUAUAAAAGCCAAUGAAACACCAUUUUGUAAAAAAGUUUUCUUUUUAAAUAUCAUCCGUAAUGUGCUCAUAAACAUUUUUAAAAGUAUCGAUUUGUCAAAUAUAAACUAAAUUUAUUUUUAAUAUAAAAUAUCAUAGUGUAUAUUAUUUUGUAAUUUUUUAUAGAAUCGACUACGAACCCAUUAAAAUACAAAAAAAUAACAUGUUCGCCGUUUCUGCCUGCACAGUUCGGACAGUUCCCCCACACAGUAGGUACCUAUAUACUGCGAGAUUUAUGUCGAAAACUUAUAGUACAUUCUAUUAUUUUUUAGGUUGUUAUCAAAACAAAUGAAACGGGAGAAGUAAUAUGUCAAGGCACAUUAAUCGACGUGAAUUGGGUACUGACAACUGCGCAUUGUUUAAGGUAUAGUUAUUGCAUAUUUCCGUAUUUUAAUAACAUAAUAUAUGCUUCAAACAAUGUUUAGUAAUAUUCGAUUAAACGGUGUUACACUUACGAUGGGAAACGAAUUCCAAGAAAUUAUCAGGAAGCCAAAGAAAGUGGCAGUAGAAACAAAAUACCGCGCAGCACUGAUUGAGGUUUAAAUAGAUAUUUGUAUUACGUUUUAUUGUUUUCGAUUAAUAGUAAUAAUUUGUAGGAUAUACCCGGAAAUUUUUGCCCAGUUUUCUACCUAUCCGAAUAGUACCGAAUUUAACAUAUUAUUUUCUGCGACUAAUUUGGCCUCAUUUCAAAAAUUGAUACUGCAUGCGAUUAGAUGAACUACAUUUUGUAUAAAAAUGAAUAAAUACAAAAGACUUCGUAAGGAUUUCUUUUCCAGCGAUUUAAAUAAUAGUCGUAUGUAGUACAGUAGUUGAUUUUCGAAAAUAAGCUAAAUUGGUUAUAGAAAAAAUACUAAAAUCGGUUCCGAUUAGGUGAAAACCCGUGUGAAAAUUUAAGGGAAAAAUGAACACAUUAAAUUAAUAUUACUUCGAUUUUUAUUGUUAUUAUUUUUACAAAAUAGAUCGACAAGCCUGUUAAGGUCACGGAUACGGUGGCACCGAUCGAAUUAUCUACCGAAGAUCUAUCGAAAAAUAGCAAAUGUAUCGUGAGCGGUUUGAAAAAAAUGACCAACAACGAUACAGUGCUCGUUUAUUGGAACAUGGCGGUUAUUGAUAAACCAAAACAAACGUACAACGAAAUCGAAAUGUAUUUUAAAGACCACGCCAUUUGUCGUGAACAAUUAUUAUGGCCCUCGCAGAAAGUAAGUCUUUCGUAACCUAUUGGUUAGUUAACAACAGAGUGGAAGUGGUGUGGCUGACGGGAGACGGACCUCCGGGGUAUUAUAUUACCUUUGAUUAAUCAUUAAAAAUUCACAAUUUUUUUUUAGAUAACCGAAAACGGCAUGCCGCUGAUUUGUAACGACAGGUUGUACGGCAUGUACACGAAAAAUAAACCAAGGGUUUUCGUUGGCCUUUCAAAAUAUAACGAAUGGAUCCAAAACGUUAUGGAUAUGACGGAGUUACACGCAUCAGCGGGCAUUCCCGAUUUCUUUGCUAAUUUGGUGACGAGCACGACAGCGGUUAUGUUAGACCCGUCCGUCACCAUGCCGGAAGACGUCGAAGAGACCGAGUCCGACGAUCCGACAACGCCGCCGGACGAGGAGGAACCGACUACCCGUCCGAUAACCGUAUCGUCUUCGCCGACCAGUAUCACCGUCACCAUGACGGAAGACGUCGAAGAGACCGAGUCCACCGAUCCGACAUCGCCGCCGAACGAGGAGGAACCGACUACCCGUCCGAUAACCGUAUCGUCUUCGCCGACCAGUAUCACCGUCACCAUGACGGAAGACGUCGAAGAGACCGAGUCCGACGAUCCGACAUCGCCGCCGGACGAGGAGGAACCGACUACCCGUCCGGUAACCGUAUCGUCUUCGCCGACCAGUACCGCCGUCACCGUGACGGAAGACGUCGAAGAGACCGAGUCCGACGAUCCGACAUCGCCGCCGGACGAGGAAGAGACGCAGUCGGCUUUUUCGACUUCCCCGGCGACUACCGAGUUUCCCACCACCGAGUUUCCCACCACCGAGUUUAAGACGCCACCGCCGAUCAUUACGACGUCCACCGCCGCCGCCCCCGGUAAGGACGACGAGGUUGAUUCGAAUAAAUCGAGCUCCCCGGCAAUAUCGUACAACGCGAGUCUGAUAAUAACGAUUUUGUGUUGUCUUGCCGUUAUUAAUAAGAAAUAACGUAAAUAAAGUAUGUAUGAAAAAAAUAACUUUUAACUUCAAUAAUGAUAUAUAUAAAAAAUAUAUUGUAUUAUCAUUAUUAAUUCGUAAUCUAUUUUAUGUUAUUUAUACUUAUUUUAUUUAGUCGAUGUAAAUAUAAUUUUACGUAGGUACCGCUAUUAUUAUUAUGGCUUUGUACAUUUUUUUUUUUUUUUCCGGGGUUAAUCGUAGUCAAUGGCAUCAUUUCGGAAGGGGCUGGGGAGGCAUUUACCUCUCAUAUCAUCAGUGAGCCGCUAUCGAGUCGGGUAUGGUCUGGUGUCGAAAUAGUUUUGAGCCACGGUCUGCAAACACGACUCAUGACAUUGUGUUUUAUGAUUUAUGUUGUAUACGGCAACUCUGAGCUGCAGUUUUUUUAAGGGUUGUUUGUGGUAAUAAUUGUAUACAAUAUUUUUUUUUAUUUUUUUAUUUGUUUACAUUGAUUGCACUUUAACUUAAAUUACCUAGCUCUUGUAAAAGCUAAUGUAAAUUUUUGGAGAGUGUCCAUUCUGAUUUAUUUUAUUACAUGAUUAUAUUAAUGUUCAUGGUGACAUGAUUAUACUUUUUGUAAACUCAUGUGUACUCCGGAUCUAUGUCAUUAAAAUAUAGGGGCCAAUUGAUUGUAGGACAAUAGGUAAUGGAUAAUAGAUCGCGGGACAAUUAAUAAUGUACAAUAAUUUAUAGUGUCAUAAGAUACACUCUGUACAGAAACUUAUUUAUGAAAUAUAAAAAUCUAUUUUAUAUUUCUCAUCAAAUUAGAAAUUACUUGUUCUGUACUUGCAUUAAUAUGUUAAUGUCUACAGGUACCUAAGACGCAACAACUUAUAUAUUUAAGGGGUGUAGCGUAUAAGCAAAUUUUGUUAAAUUUUUUAAAAACAAAAUUCAAUCAACUUAAAAAUAUUCAAUUUAAUUUUUAAACACAUGCAUAAGUAGUCUCGGGUUAUUUUGAGAAACAUUUGUUAUUUAAUCGUGAAAUGAACAAAAAUAUUUACGAAAACCCGUUCUACGCGGUCAAAAACUACUCGGAUAAUGGUUUUAUUCGAGAAAUCAAAUGUUCACCAUAGAACAAAAAUAACAAACACUAUACGACGUUGGUUUUAGUUUUGUGAUAUCAAUAUUAUGUAGAUAAAACUAAUUAAAAGAUUAUUUUCA